AUGAAAUAUAAUAACAAUUUUCACACAAUUCAAAGUAAUUCUUACAGAAAUAAUGUAAUUGAUAAUAAUAAAAAUAACAAAAGCAAAUCAAAUUGCGCUAUUGUAAAUAAUUCCAAUAUUUUAAAUAUAAACAUGCAAAAAAAAGUUGAUCAUCCAUCUAAUUCUUUAAAUGAAAAUAAUAAUCAUAUCGAUCCUAUUAUUAAUAAUAUGUCAAAUAAUUCUCCUAGUAAUAAUUCAUUGAAAAUUUUGAACUUCAAUAAUAAUAAUAAUUUAAUUUAUAAUAACAACAUUUUAACUAAUAAUUACACUAAUAAUGAAUCAUUAUUAAAUUGUAUAAAAAUAGAAAACGUAAUUCAAAAGACGAAUGAAAAUUCAAUUAAUAAUGUAAAUGAAAAUAAAAAUAAAUCAGUAAAUAUUAAUUAUAAUAAUUUUCAUAAUAAUAUAAAUAAAAGCAUGACUGAGUCAAUCGAGAAAAAUAUCAGUAAUCCUCAAAAUAAUUACAGAAGUUUUUUCCAUAAUAAAAAUAAUACUUUAAAAAAUUCUGACAAUAAUGCAAAUUAUAGCUUAAAUAAUUUGAAUAAGGUAAAUAAUUUAAAUAGAAUUAAUAAAGUAGAUUUAAUUAAUAGAAUAAAUAAAAUUAAUAACUUAAAUGAUAUAAAUAAUAUAAAUAGUGAUAGUAGCAAUGAUAAUCUUAAAAAUUUUAAUAUGAAUAAUAAUAACGAUGUAAAUAGUAAUUUGAAUUACAAAAAUACGAAAAAUAACAUAAUUAAUUUAAGUAGUUCUUUUAAUAAUAACAACACGACUGAUUUAAAUAAUAAAAUCCAUAAUAAUUUAAGUAAUUUAAACAAUAACGUCAAUAGCAUGAAUAACCAAAAUAAUAAUGUGAAUAACUUAAAUAUAUUAAGUAAUAAAGUGAACAAUUUAAAUAGCAAGAAUUAUAUAGUGAAUAAUUUAAAUGAGAAGGUUAAUAAUUUAAAUAAUAAUGUCAGUAGUAUUAACAAUGUAACUUCUAACAUAAAUAGUAUUGAUAAUUUAAAUAACCUGAAACAUCAUAUGCAUAAUAUGAAAAACAGUAAUGAUAGUUUGAAAAAAUUAAAUAAUAAUGUAAAUAAUAAGAAUUUAAGUAUGUCUAAUCUAAAAAUAUAUAAUAAAAAUAGGAAUAAUUUAAAUAAUUUGGAUAACAAAAAUAAUAAUAGUACUUUAAAUAAUUCUUUAAUAAAAAAUACAAAUAAUAAUUUGAGCAACGAUUUAUAUUUAAAUUUAUCAUUAAAUGAUAAAGUGCUCGUAGAUGAAAAUUUAAAAAAUAACAUGAAUAAAGAUAAGCUUAAUACAGAUAAGAUAAACUCAAAUGUAAAGAGUAAUUUAAAUAAUAAAAUACAAAAAAGUUAUAAUACAAGUAAUUAUUUAGAAGAUGAUGAAACAAAUAAGAAUAUUGAUAUGAACAAUAAGAACUCAACAUCUAUAUAUAAUGUAAAUAGUAAGUAUAAUUCGAAUCAAAAUUUGAACUUCGUAAAAAAUUCAUCAAUUCAAGGAAAUAAUAAUAAAUUAAUUUCAUCAAAUAUAAAUCAAAAUUUAAAUGAACAUCCUUCAAGUAAUAAUGAAAAAAGUAACAUUAAUUGUGAUAUUAAUAUUAUGCAAAAUGAUAUUAACAAAAAUAUAGAUAACUCUAAUUUAAAUAAUACCAUUAUUCAUUGUCAAUAUACUUCACCUGAACAUUUAAGAAAAAAAAAAAAAAAGAGAGAGAAUGAAAAAGAAAAAUUUUCAACAAAUAACAUAAAGAAAAGCAAAAAUUCAUUAAAUAAUCAGCAUAUUAUUAUGUAUGGAAAAGAAAAUAUAUCAUUUAAUAAUAAUAAUAAUAGUAAUAAUAAUAAUAAUAGUAAUAAUAAUAAUAACAGUAAUAAUAAUCAUAAUAAUAAUAAUCAUAAUAAUAAUAAUCAUAAUAAUAAUCAUAAUAAUAAUCAUAAUAAUAAUCAUAAUAAUAAUAAUCAUAAUAAUAAUAAUCAUAAUAAUAAUAAUCAUAAUAAUAAUCAUAAUAAUAAUCAUAAUAAUAAUCAUAAUAAUAAUAAUCAUAAUAAUAAUAAUAAUAAUAAUAAUAAUAAUAAUAAUAAUAAUAAUAAUAAUAAUAAUAAUAAUCAUAAUUAUAAUAAUAAUCAUAAUAAUAAUAAUCAUAAUAAUAAUCAUAAUAAUAAUCAUAAUAAUAAUCAUAAUAAUAAUCAUAAUAAUAAUAAUAAUAAUAAUAAUAAUAAUAAUAAUAAUAAUAAUAUUAAUAAUAAUAAUAAUAAUAAUGAUGAUGAUGAUGAUAAUAGUAAUAAUAAUAAUAAUAAUAAUAAUAAUAAUAAUAAUAAUAAUAAUGAUGAUAAUAAUAAUAGUAAUGAUGAUGAUAAUAAUAAUAAUGAUAAUAAUAAUAAUAAUAAUGAUAAUAAUGAUAAUAAUAAUCCUAGUAAAAAUGAUAAUAAUAAUAAUGAUAAUAAUAAUCCUAGUAAAAAUGAUAAUAAUAAUAAUAAUAAUGAUAAUAUUGAUAUGAAUAAUAAUAAUUACAUUAGUAACAAUAGUAGUUUUAUAAAUAAUAAUCUUUAUAAUGAUAAUCAAAUUGACAAUAAUUUAAUUAACAACAUAAAUAAUAACUUAAACAAUCUCCUAAAUGAUAUCAAUAUAGAGAGUACUUCUAUUUCAAAUAAUAUGAAUACAUAUAUUCUAAAUAACUUAAUAAAUAAAAAAAAUAAUAAUAAUAUAGUUAAAAAUACUUGUAACGAAAAUUUAUACAAUAAUGAUUCAGAACUAAAAAACGAGCAGAAUAAUACUUAUAAUACACCUAAUAGAAUUAUUUAUAAUGUUAAUAAUAAUGAUUUUGACACUAAUAUUAUUAGCAAAAACGCUAAUACAAAUAUAAGAAGUAAUAACAAAAAUGUAAUUAAUGAUAGUUUUCGUAACGUUAAAAAAAAAUCAUUAAAAAAACAUUUAGAUAUGACUAAAAUUUUAGAUAAUAAUAAUAAUUUUGCAAUUUCGAGUAAUAUUUCUAAUUUUAACAUAUCAAAUAGCAAUGUAUUAGAUACGAAUAAUUUAGAAAAUAACAAAAUAAAUAUUGAUAAAUUUCAUCAAAAUAAUUCUAGUAAAAAUGAGAUAAAUAAAAAAAUUGAUUCCACAGGUAAUACAAAAAAAAAUAUGUAUAAUAAUACAGUUUAUUUAAAAGGUGCGAAUAAUGAUGAAAAUGACUUAAUUAAUAACUCGAAUGAAAAAAAUAUUAUGAAUAAUUUAAAUUCUAAUAAAAUAUUAGGUGAUGAUAUAAAAAAUAGAAAUAAUAAUUUAUAUGCAUCAGAUAAAAAAUACUCGCAAUCUACUUUUGAUAAUUCCGUUGAUCAAAUGAAUGGAAAACAUUUAAAUAACAUGUAUGUUCAAGAUUUGAAUCAAACGGAAAAGAAAAGAAGCCAUUCUUUUAAUAUUGUCGAAAACAAUUUCUCACCUAAUAACAUAUUUGUAAAAAAUUUAACUAACGAUAACAUAAUAAAUAAAAAAACAAAUGUAGAAAAUGAAUCUGUUUAUGAUAAUAAAAGUUUAGAAAUAGAUAAAAGUAAUUUAAAUUUAUUAUAUUACAAAUUGAAUAAUAAUUAUAAAACAGAUAACAAAGGAAAUAAAACAGAUUAUAUGAAUAUAAACAAUAACGAAAUAGAAAAUAAGAAAGAUGUAAUAAAUAAAGAAUAUUCAGAUUUUUACAUGAAGGAUGUUAGAGAAUCAAGUUAUUUAAAUACAGUAAAUAGUUUGGAUAAUUUUUUUGGUGACAAUAAAAUUAAUAAAAAUUUAGAUGAAAAAAAUUAUUUUAACAAUAUUAACAAUAAAAGUAAUAUUUAUAUAAAUAAUGAAGAUGUUUCAACAAAGUAUUUAUUAAAUUUUUUAGUAGAUGAUUACAAAAAAGUGAAUAAAAAAAAAAUAUUGAAUGAAUCAAGAAAAAAAAAUUUAAAUAAAGAAAUGGUAAAAAAAGAGAAAGGAAUACGAAAAAAUAGAACUAAAAGCAAAAAAAUGGAAAUUAGUGAAAUGAUGCAAAAUUAUGAUUUUAAAAAUAUAUAUCCUAAUGAUAUUUAUAAUAAUCAAAACAAUGAUAUAUAUUUAAAAAAAAAUAAAAACGUAAAAAAACUAUGUUUUCCACAUAAUAAUUUUUCAUUAUAUUUAAAAAAUUCUUCCUCCAUGACUGUUAAUACAACUCCAAGCAACCAAACAAAUACGAUUGAUAUAUUAAGAAGGAAAUAUAAAAGAUUUAGUUUUUGUGUAGAUAAAGUUUUCAACAAAAAAAAUAUAAAUGAUAUAAUUACUUUAAAUGAGAAUGUAAACAAGAACAAGGAUUUACUAUCUUUAUUUAAAAAAAAAGAUGUACGUAAUUUAAAAAAAAGAAAUUUUUCUUUUUUUAUGGGAAAAUUAGAAUUUCAAAAAAUAGAUUUUUUAAUUAUAAAAAGAAUUCAAAUAUGUCUAGAAAAGAUCAAAAAUACAUUUGGAGUAACAUGUGUAAUAAAUAAUGUAGAAAAAAUAGUUUGUAUGUUAAAAAAAGCAUUUAAGGAUAGACUACAUUUAAUGUGGCCCUUAAUAGAGUUUUCUAAUAAAUAUAGAUUAGAUCAAUAUUUCCAUUUGUUAGGAAAAAAUAAAAAUCAUUCACAUUCAAAGUUAAAAAAUACAAAGCUAGUUGUACAUCAAAAUAUAAACUCGUUAAUAGUUUAUUUUAAUCAAAGAAUUAUUGAUGAUAAAUGGGUUGAGUAUUUGAAAAAUCAAAUGAAGCCAAAAAGAAGGAGAAGAAAAAAUAAAAAUAAAGAGAAUUUUGUAGAAGAUAAGACUUUUGAUUUCUUAAAAACAAUGAACACUGCUUUAUCACUUAAUAAUACAACUGAGAGAAUAAUAGAUUUAGAAUCAGUGAAAGCAAAAGCUAAUGAGUUUGCAUUUGUUGGUUAUAAUCAAAAACGACUUUUAACACAAAUUACUCCAUAUGAUUACAAGGCUAUUUUGAAUUUUAAUUUUUGUAAAAAAUUAUUUACAAUAAAUUGGAGAAAACAACAAGCAUCAAUUAUUGAUAAUCUACAUUUUGAUAUGGUUCCUGAUACGGAUGAUAUAAAAAAGCAUUUUGAAUAUGUUUAUAUUAGAUAUAUGGGAUAUGAACAAAAUAAAUUGAUAUUAAAAUCGGGAGAUAAGUUAAAAUCAAGUAAAUUAAAGAAUAAAAAAGAUAAUAAUGUGAGUAACAAAAAUGAUGAUAAAAAAAAAACCCCAAGGAAAAGAAGAAUACCAAAAAAUAUUGAAAAUAUUGGAAAAGAACCAGAUGUUAAAAAACCUAGAAGGAAAUAUGAAAGAAUAAAACCAAAAAAAAAUAAAGAUACAAAAGAAAAUGUAUUAAAAAUUGAAAAUGGAGGAGAUAAUAUGGCUAUUAAUGAAAAUAAUAAUAAUCAAACUAAAAAAGAAAAAAAAGCAAGAGAAAGAAAAAAAAAAAAUAAAAAAAAAUUAUGUGAAGAUAUAACUAUUAUCAAAGGAAACCCUGACACUGUAAUUCAAGCUUCUUUAGAUUUUAUGAACCCAAAUAUGUUUACUUAA